GUGCCAGCUCGGGUUGUCGCGGGGUGAGUACCUGCUUCGUUACGAAGAACCAAUUUAGAAGUACGCCUUCGGACUACGCCGUAUUAGAUCUGAAAGGGAUAGCUACACCGCUUUCUUGGAACUGCGACCGGGUCGAGAUGCGGCAUCCUCUCUGGUCGUCACCCUCCCGCCGGAAGCGCCACCGCCGCCUCCUCCUCGCGGCCGUCGUCUCCACCGCUCUUUUCCUCCUCUUCAUCUCCACCAGGCCCGUCGAGCCCUCCGACGGCAUCGUCCUCGGCUCCCGUGUCGGCGAUCGGCCGAAUCGGGAGGAGGAUAUCGGGACUCAACAGGAGGAGGAAGCGGAGGAGGAGGAGGUUGUGGAGGGAGGAACCGAUAGAGCCUCCUGCGCUAUUGUGGAGAAGAUGGGCGAGGCCUUCGCUGACAGCUCCGAGAUGGAGAGCUUAAGGGUGAGGGAAGUCAUCAAACGCCACUUCGAUCUCCAUGGGGCUGCUAGAGUACGAGAGCUACCUGCACACCAGUUUUGUCGACAAGGUUUUGUGAUAGGCAAGGCAUCAGAGGCGGGUUUUGGAAAUGAAAUAUACAAGAUUUUAACUGCAGCAGCUUUAAGUGUUAUGCUAAAUCGAUCCUUGAUCAUUGGGCAAACCAGGCAGCUGUAUCCUUUUGGGGAUUACAUUUCUUUUACCAACAUUUCAUUUACUCUGAAAGAAGUCAAGCAUUUAUGGAGAAAGCAUGAUUGUGCUGUUAAAUAUGGGAGGAGAUUAAUAAUGAGAAUUGAUAACUUCGAACAUCCAGCAGAGACAAAUGUUCUUUGUAGUGAUUGGAAGAGCUGGAAGCAUCCUAUCAUCUGCUACAGGUUCCAAGGCACGACAGAUGCAGUGGCCAUUCAGUUCUUUUUGAAGAAUGUACAUCCUCAAAUGAAAAAUGCUGCUUUAGUUCUAUUUGGGCGGGAAGACUCGCUAGAAUCUAGGCCUAAUGUGUUUGGUGAGCUGAUGCAUGUAAUUCUAUCUCCUACACAAACGAUUGAAGAAGCUGUUGAUUGGGUUUUGCAAGGUGCGGAUCCUGAUGUUGUGCUUCACAUGCGGAUGAUGACUAACAGGUCUAUACGAGCAAUACAGGCUGCAGUACAAUGCAUCAAGAGGGCACUAAGCAGCUUUCAGCAGCAGAUUGCAAAACCUAGGGUGGUUUUGGUCUCUGAUACACCAUCGUUCAUCACGGAGAUUACUCCCUACCUGGCUGAAUUUGCAGAAGUACUUCAUUUUAAUUACAAGUUCUUCCAGGGGAAUAGUUCUGUUGGGAACAUGGGCACACUAAAGCAGUCUGAUUUUAGAGUCAAGGACUGGGGCCCUGCACCCAGAUGGGUGGCAUUUGUGGAUUUCUUCCUAGCAUCGCGAGCCAAACAUGCUGUGGUUUCCGGAGCACACCGUCGUGUUGGUACAACUUAUGCACAGCUGAUUGCAGCACUGGCAGCAGCAAAUCGACAUGGUAAAGAUCCCUCGGGCACCAACUUUAAGUUCUUCAGCAGCUUCCAGAGUAACCUGUUGGUUGAUGGUCUCAGAAACCAGAUUGGAUGGGGCCACAUCUGGAACAGAUUUGCUGGUCCUCUGAGCUGUCGCCACCAGCCCCACCAGUGUGCCCUAACGCCACUCCUCCCACCGGCCUGGUGGGAUGGUGAGUGGCAAAGCCCCAUUCCUCGAGAUAUCCAGAGACUAAAAUCCUAUGGUGUUACUCUAACAGAGAAUGGCGAUGUCGUCGAAAGCCACCUGCAGGCCUUCUGUAGAUCCAGGGAAGAUCGUGUCAAAACCCUAAAAAUCAUUAGCCAGUGAAAGAAUUCCGAUGCCUGUGGAGACCAAACUGUUGUCAGCAUGCUUGCGGACUUGCCAGGAGCACCAUAUAUCAUCCACAGAGGGUUAUGUUCCUGGUGUGUGAAUGCUUGCUGCAUGCAUCAAGGGCCAUUUUACAGAGGCUGUUACUCGGUUCAACUCAUACGCAACGUCAUAGGUAAAUUGCCAUUGCCUUUUCAACUCAUAGCUUGUUUCCUAAGAACCAAUUUCGUUCACAUCACGUUGGAUAUAUGAUUCAUAUGUUGCAGUGGCCUAAUCAUGAUCUAAGUGAUCAAAAUACAGAUCGUAGAAACAAUCUUCUUA